UCCAAAGGCAAAGAAUCUCAUAAAGACUGUCAUUCAUAACUGCAGAACUUGCGUCAUUCAUAAAAAGCGGAAUCAAUCCCAAAUCAUGGCUGCCCUUCCUGAAGAGCGAACGACCCUUUCCAGGCCUUUUCAAAAUACUGGAGUCGAUUUUGCCGGCCCAUUUGAUAUUAAGAGUUUCACUGGUAGAGCAUGUAAAAUCACCAAAGGUUAUGUUUGCAUAUUUGUAUGUUUUUCCACACGGGCAAUUCACCUGGAAGGUACAAGCGAUCUGUCCACAGAGACCUUUCUUGGCGCAUUCUCGCGAUUCAUAUCUAGACGAAGCUGCCCUCAGCAAAUCUUUUCGGACAAUGGGACCAAUUUUGUAGGUGCGGCAGCUAACUUGAAAAAGGAAUUCAAGAAAUUCCUAACCACGUCGCGGGAGUCUUUGUGCAAUAUGUACAGUCAUCAGGAGGUGUCUUGGAACUUUAUCCCUGCCGGCGCUCCUCACAUGGGAGGACUAUGGGAAGCUGGAGUUAAAAGCAUCAAAUUUCAUUUUCGACGUACCGCCGCUUCUCAAAAAUUCACCUUUGAAGAGUUUCAAACCCUACUUUGUCGCAUUGAAUCCUGUCUAAAUUCUAGGCCGAUAUCGCCCAAUUCCACCGACGCCGCAGAUUGUGCAGCCCUCACACCUGGUCACUUUCUCACGGGGGGUCCCAUACUUUCUCCCCCCGAACCCUCCAUAGAAGCAAACCCAGUCUCGAUAAUUAAUCGGUGGCAAAAAAUAAAGGCUCUUAGCCAGCAACACUCUCUGCGAUGGAAAGAGGAAUAUCUCAAAGAACUCCAUAAACGCUACAAAUGGAAAUCCCCUCAAAAAGACAUCGCCGUCGAUGACCUAGUUGUAGUUCGCCAUGAAAAUCUCCCUCCUAACGAGUGGCGCUUGGGCAGGGUCACAAAGAUUUAUAAAGGCUCCGAUAAAAGAAUUCGUGUUGCAGACAUUCGCACACAAAAGGGACGUGCCAAUAUUGUGAGGAAAAGCAUCACACCCUGUUGCAUGCAAACCACCGUCUUUCUCCCCGACGCCAACUUCCCCUACUUUUAACGCAGCUUUCGGGAACAGUCACCGUUCUACCCACCGUUGCGGUUUACCUACACAUUGGGCCUCGGAAAUUUUUAGCUCGGGCUCUGAUAGACCCUUGCUCGCAAACGAGCAAAAUUUGCCACGCGCUGGUGCACCGGCUCCGCCUAAAGACGGUGCCCGUGGCGAAUAUCAGCAUGUGCGAGCUCCACGUAAGCUCGUCAAAUGAUGCACAUGUGCGAUUCUCCUUGCCGGCGAGGGUACUGUCGGAGAUCGGGUUGAAAACUCCCGCUCGUCAUCUCAGCCAAGCGACGCGGGACAAAUUCAUUAACCUCAAGCUCGCCGAUCCUGGUUUCCACACUUCCUCUGCCGUCGCCUUGAUUUUCGGUGGGGAUGUAUAUCAUAAAAUCAUAAGAGGCGAACUUAUUGCUUAUCCUGGGUUUCCUACCGCCCAGAACUCUAUUUUCGGUUGGGUCCUUUCUGGCCCAUGUGCCCUUUAAGGCACAGCGACCCCUUACUGGGUAAAUUAUAUAGUAUUUUUAAAGUUUGAAUUUAAUUGGAACUGAAUUAUUUGAAUAAAUGUAAAAAAAAAAAAACCAACACAAGAGAGUUCAACAAUUUAAUAUUUUUUGCACGCAUCCUAGUUUUAAGUAUCGUACUGAAUUUGAAUUUGUAUAUAUUAUAUUUCCAUCUCUAGCUAAACCUAAUUUUUAAGUAAUCUAAUUUGAAGCAUCUUGCAAUUCCUCAGUAUUGCAAGGCUGGCGGCAAUGUUGAAGCCAAAAGCCUUCAAUAGUUGGGAACCACUGGUAAGUGUUCUGCACCGCUGUUCGCUGCAAAGCUACACCGCUGCGGGAAAACUACCGGUGGGCUUCUUUCGAAGUUCAAGAUUAUUUAAUGCGAUGUUCGGUUUGAACUGCGGUUCUUUUUGAUGACAGCAGCCAGACCGACAGCAGCAUUGAGUCAGCGAUCACUAUUUAAGGUAAUCCAUAUGUAUAUUGUGAACAUCCAUUCCUUUGUCCUACUUUGCUUAUGUACAUCGUAUUUGAGUAAGGCAUAUAACUUCGUAUAUGCGCUUGCAAUAAACCGUCUUACAUACAUAUAUACUUAAUCUAA